GAAGACACCGACACUGUGAUUAGUAGAUCCAACGGGAAAUCUAUGGUUCCUAUUAAGCGAGGCGAUUCACGGGGCAAAUAUAUUUCAAAUUCAACCAAUUCAAAUACAGACUCUGCUCUCUCAAUUUUCAUUGCCACAGAAUUUUCCAAUCAAUAUCAAGUGAAACGUCGCAAGACUUAGGUGAAAUCGCAUCCACGACAGCCUGCCGGGUGGAGUUGAUUAGUUGGGCAGCGGGCAGUGUCUAAGUAUAUCUAUAUUAUCGAUGCCCACGUCUCGAGUUCCCCAGAGUUCCCAAGCGUUCCCAAGCAUUCGUGUCUCCACCCUGUUUUGAAAUCUACCUGGCAAGCGAUUCUUUCUGACAUAUCUUAUACAUCAUUCCCGAUGGAUGUGGUCGGGUCGGCUGCGGCCCUUGCACAACUGAUCGCACAAGUGAUUGAGCUUUGGCAACAAAUUAAUAUGGCACGCGAGAGCGUCAAGUCUGCUCCCAAAGUCUUCGAAGAUACGAAAACAGAAGCUCACAGCUUGUUUGAUAUUAUACAAACAGUAAAGCGCAGACCUGAACUCCACAUAGCAGAGAUCCACGCGCGAGUGGAACGAAUCAAUUCUAUCGCCCUUGAACUUCACAAGAUCCUAGAGGUUAUGGCUCUCCGGCAACGGAAGAGCGUUUUGCGACAGGGCUUAUAUGCCUUAGUCCGAGCAGAGAGGGAUGAUGCAAAGCUGAACAACGUGUUGAAACGGCUGGAUAUGGCAAAAGGCGACUUGAUAUUGCAAAUCGGCGUAGUUAACGUUGGUAUUGCAGGGGAACUAAGGGAUACCUUAAUGAGCCAGGUUCCAGAACCAAGCAACCGUCUAUUUCUCGAAAGAAAUGAAUCCUGGGGGAACGCAAAUCAGAUUAAUGGAGUUAUCGGCAUAGAGGACUCGAAAAUUUCGACUACGGCAUGUGUUCUGGACAAUAAAGCUUUCGGGGAUAGUCAACAGAAGAAUCUCAUAUUAGCAGGGUCGGGGUUGUUAAAAUUACUUGAGGUUUAAACCAGGGGUAGCUUCGGGACACUUAAUCACUUGCAUCGUACAUAGUCUUAACUCAUCCUAUAUGCAUAUACUAGCACUAGUUUGUGACACCUCGUAGGCAUGAAGCGUCACAAGUGAGUGCUACGUAGUAGGCAUAACAUACCGAUCUUAUCUACU